UGGGCAAUUGCAGCUCCGUUCGAAUCCCGUGACAAUCCAAAUGGAUACCGUUAACGCAGAUAUCAUCAUCGUAGGCGAUACGGAUACAGGCAAGACUAAUCUCAUGCUCCGCUUCAUCACGGCGAAGUUCGCGGAGAAUUCCGGAAGAGCGACGUAUAUCGACUUCAAGUCUCGCACCGUUCCCCUGGGCGAAAAAUUCGUCAGACUCAAGAUCUGGGACACAGCAGGCUCCGAGAGGUUCCGCGCUCCUAUGCGGCCCUAUUAUCGAAAAGCAUAUGGCGUCAUUGUCGUCUACGAUAUCACGAGGCGCGAAACAUUCAAAAAUUUGCCGUCUUGGCUGGAUGAAAUCAAAGAAUACUGCACCGAACGGAAACCAGUGAUUUUGCUGUGUGGUCUCAAACUGGAUCAAGAUCCCAAGCGUGAAGUUUCGUAUACCGAAGCGGUCAUGUUCGCUGCGAAACACGAAAUGCUGCAUUGCGAGACUUCUGCAAAAACUGGAAAGAACGUUGAUUUCUGUUUCCUCCAACUUGGAGCCAAGAUUCUGGAGAGACCGGACUUGUGCUCGAAUUUGACCAAUGGGACUCCGAUCGUCGGCCGCAAGAAAACGAAAAAUGACUCUUGUUGCUAGCAUGAGGGCAGAACCCCCACCCAUGCACUUCUUCUCCCCGGGAAUCCAAUUCAAGAGCUCACCUCGCACAUAUCUGGGCUGUGUAUUUCAGAUCGGUUCCUGAAUAAAAGUUGUCGCUACUGUCGA